AUGAGACAGUUUGGGUAUCCGCAGCAAGUGCUGACCAUGCAAGGAGUGGGAAGCAUCGAACUCAAUACAAUUGCUGAGUGCCGGAGUAUGGUGUUGGAAGCCUGGGGGAAUCUUCGUGGUUUGGAUAACUUGCAUCUGGAUCAAGUGAAUAAAUUAGAGCCUCGGGUCACUUUGGAAUAUAAUGACUGGAUCAAAUUGACCAUGGAACAAGAAAGAGAAUGGUUACCGUUGGUCUCCGUUAGUCUUGAAGAGCAGAAUGAGAAACUAAGGAAAGAGCUGGAGGAUCACCAAUUGCAGAUUAUAGUAGCCGAUCAAGCUUUGGAAGACGCUCGAUCACAAUUGAAGAGGGAGGCAAGGAAAUCCGAGAAAUUGGAAAAGGCAUUGGGUGCAUUCGACAAAAUUCAAGAUGAGAUUCGGAACCUUAGUAUAGGGAGUUCUAGAGAAUCUCAACACACUAGAUUAGCUAGAUAUGAGGAGUUUUUGGAUGCUUUACAAGGACAGGGGAGCAGUGGGAAAAAGCCGCAGUUCAAAAAGAAAGAGGGGGAAACUGCCUUCGUAUGGGAUCAAGACCCUACACCAAGACCCCGAUUUCAACAUAAACCAACAUAUUCACCUUAUCCCUACUAUCCAAAUCCUUACCCUGUCUACAAUACCAAUAUCUCGCACCCUCGACCUCGCCCAAAUUAUGCUAACCCGCCUACGGCCCCUUUUCAAAUACCUCAACCUAACUUUCAACAAACUCGUCCUCGACCUCCUUACCCUCAAAGAUUUCCCCUACCAAACAGACCCACCUACAACUACCCCCAACCUACUGAAACCUACAAUCAAAAUCGUGCUCGAACAUUUACCAACCUUGGCAGGCCUCUGGAUCAGUUGUAUGAGCAAUUAAAGGCUGCCGGUAAAAUAGGUGUGAUUCCCCCUCCAACUUACCCGUAUGGCGUGCCAGCUGGGUAUAAUCCACAGUUUACUUGUGCUUAUCAUUCAGGGGCGCCUCGUCACUCCACGGCCAAUUGCCGACUCCUUAAACAUAAGGUUCAAGACAUGGUAGAAGCGGGGGAGAUUGUGAUUAGGAAAAGAGAAGAGCAAGGACCGAAUGUGAGCAAGAAUCGCUUGCCGGAGCAUACUGGUACUAUCGGAGUUAUUAUGGAUGAUGAGGAAUUUAAAGAGCUUGUUCGGAGCAUGUCCAAUGAGAUAGAAGUGUGUGGGAUAAUGGAGCAACCUUUUGUGAUAGAGGAAGCAUCAUAUGAGGAGGACAAAAGGCCUUUCAUUUUAGACUUAACCCCAUCCGAAAGUGCGGCUUUAGAACCUGUGAUAAUUGAGUUCCCAGAACAAGUGCCGGUUUUAAGUCUCCGACAAGUGCCGUGGAAUUAUAGUGAGCCCGUUUUGCAAAUAGGAGGCAAACCAGUUUUGAAAGAAGAAGUGUCUGUUGUUACGAGGUCAGGGAAGAUUGCAAGUCCCUCAACUGCUAACGCCCCAAUUCAAGUAAACAAUCGUGAGCCGACUACCAAACCCGCAGUGACCGAAAGAGAAGCGUGGGAUUUUCUCAAGAGACUUAGGAGAAGCGAAUACAAUGUGGUCGAACAAUUGAACAAAAUGCCUGCCCAAAUUUCCAUACUGGACUUGCUUUUCACCUCAGAUUUGCAUAGGGAUGCAUUACUUGAAGUGUUGACUAAGGCUCGUAUUCCCAAGGAUAUUUCGCUGCCUGCAGAAGGAACUGGUCAUAACAAAGCCUUAUAUGUAGCUGUGAGGUGCAAUGGAAAGAUGUUACCUAAAGUACUGAUCGACAAUGGGUCUGCCCUCAAUAUUUGCCCUUGGAGCACGUUGGUGAAGUUAGGGCUGCAAGAUGUUAAGUUGAAACCCUCAGAGACCGUGGUUCGAGGAUUCGAUGGAGCCCAAAGGGAGUCCAUAGGAGAAGUAAAUUUGGUGUUCGAAAUGGGGCCCGCACAAUUUCAGAUAGCCUGCCAAGUUAUGCACUUUCCUAGUGUCUAUAAUGUUUUGCUCGGGCGGCCGUGGAUUCACAGCUCGGGCGCUGUGCCCUCUUCCUUGCAUCAAGUAUUGAAAUUCGUGGUGAACAACCAAUUGAUAACUAUUUUUGCUGAAGAGGAUUGCAUUGUAAUUGCCGAUUCCAAGCCUGAGGAGGAUGGUAACCAAAAUGCUUCAGUGUCUUCUUACCGUACAGCUGAUAUUGUCUCCGUGUGUUGGAUAACAAGUAAGGAUUCAAAAGACAAAAUGGUUUUACCCGCGGCCAGUGUCAUGAUGGCCAAGGAGAUGAUUCGCGGAGGAUAUGAAUUUGAUAAGGGAUUGGGACGCAAUUUGCAAGGCAUGUUGAAACCUGUGGAACUCAUCGAAAAGAAGGACCUGUUUGGUUUGGGAUUCCGUCCGACCGCCAGAGAUAUACAAGAGAUGAAAGCGCGCAAAAGGGCAGAAAAGGAAGGCAAGAUAGGUGCUUUAGACAUUCCGCCAUUACGCUAUACCUUUCCAAAGCCAGCUGAAGUCAUUACAUCUGAGUUUAGCCCAAUUGACGAAGUGGAGACAAGUCUGACUCAUUUGUUUGUGGGAGCAAUAUCCGAAAAUGGCCCGUCAGAUGAUGCCGAAUUCCCAGACAUUCCCCAAUGA